GGGGCCGGGCCAGGUAGAGCCAGAGAGAGGAGGAGGAAGGCAACAGAAAGCAAACAUGACUGUGUGAGACAAAAUGGAUCCAACCAAGCCCAGCCUUCAUGUCAACAGCGGUGGAGGACAUGAGUCAUCGAUGGAAGACAAAUGGCAGGACACCGUGGACGGGGAGCGGGACCAGGAGGGCAGAGAGCCAGAUGUUGUCAACGGGACGACAGCAGCUGCAGAGGUCAACAACCACCACAAGGGGGCGGCAGACAAGCACAAGUUCAGCACCAUCGGCCACCAGAAACGAACCAGGCAGAAGCUUGUGACUGACUUCGGAACAGUGAGUAAAGGAUCCUCUGCUGGAGGGAAACCCAGAGCAGCACUGAGACAGGCCCUGUUCAACCAGGGAGGGUCUGAUAAAAACCUGCCGUCCGAGGAUCGAGGUCAGCUGGACGCGCUGAAGCGGGCCCUGCAGGCCUACGCUGUGCCGGCCAGCCUGAAGUGGAGCUGGAGGGAGCACAGCCAGGGCACCACGCUGGAGAAGAACUGGACGGAGCUGGUUCACUCUCACUCAACGCUGGCUAAGGUUCAGAGGCACCAACAGGAGGCGCUGUGGGAGUUCGUCCACACCGAGCUCACCUACAUCAACAAGCUGAUCAUCAUCAAAGAUUUGGUGAUUGCGGCGCUCGUCCACCUGCGCCAGCGCGGAUUCCUCCUGGAGGUGACCCCCGAGCAGCUUUUCUCCAACCUCCCCGCCGUCCUCAGCGCUCACCAGCUGUUCUGGCAGGAAGUGGUCCAUCCCAUGCUGCAGGAGGUCCGCAGGACGGGCAGGCCCUUCGACCCGCUGAUGUUGGAGGCCGGUUGCCUGCAGUUUCACCAGCGCUUCGACGCCUAUAAGCAUUACUGCCUGGAGGAGGACAACAACCUCGAGUUCUCCCGCAAGCAGAUGGAGAACAAUCCACAUUUCCAAACGUACAUUCAGUGGGUGGAGACUCACCCCCAGUGCGACCGCAUGCGGCUCGGGGACAUGCAGGCCAAGCCCCACCAGAGGAUCACUAAGUACCCGCUGCUGCUCAAAGCCGUGCUCCGCUCCACCCAGGACCCCCGCACGCAGCGCACGCUCAGAGCGAUGUUAUCCAGCGUGAACAGGUUUUUGACCAGCAUCAACGAUUACCUGAGGGUGAAGGACGAGGAGCUGGCUCUCUCCAUCUCUGCUCAGAGGGUGGAGGGCUACGUGGUGGAGGGGAUCAGUGAAGAAAUCGACAAGCAUGUAAAAGAGAUCUGCCAGUUCGAGCUGACGAGCCCCAUCAGUGGACUGGGUCCCAGCGUCGUCCGGAAGCUGCUGCUGGAGGGAAACCUGAAGCUCCGGGGCAGAAAGGACAACAAGCUGGAGGUGGUGGCUCUGCUUUUCUCAGAUGUGCUGCUAAUGACCAAAGCCCAGAAGAAAGGCGAGCGGCUGAAGGUGGUCCGGCCUCCUCUCGCUCUGGACAGGACCCAGUGCGUCGCGCUGAAGGACGGCAGCUCCUUCAUUCUAGUGGAGGUGGGCGAGCUGCACUGCGCGAUGACCGUCUACGCUUUCACCGCCAGCACACCGGAGAGCUGCUCCCUGUGGACCUCCAGCAUCCAACAGGCGACGGAAACGCUGAGAGGCCUGAGAGCGACAGAGGCCAGGAGACAAAUGGAGACGUGGAAACGCCUCCAGCCGGAGGCCCAGGUUGUUCCCGAAGCUGACGGGGAGGACUCGGACACGGAAACAGAAUCUCUCACAGAAUCGGAGAAGCUCACUCUUGAGGCCUUAGAGAUUCCUCUCGUAACGGAUGGAGUGGAUGAGAUGGAGGAAGAAGAGGAAAUGGUUGUGGAUAGUGUUAGUCCUGGGAACACUGUAUGUUUGCUCAGAGGCGCCCCAGCAGGAGGUCAAACUAUUCUAGUGGAGGACUUGCCAGAUGUUGACUACCCAACAGACGAAGAUAGCUCUUCUCAGCCAGACGCUCCAUCCUGGGAGCUACUGUACCCAAGACAAACAACAACAAGGAGAAACUCCGAUUCUCCGCUUGGGAGCCACAACACCAGGAGAAAUUCCAGCAACAGUGAACCGGGCGACAUGGGGACGUCUAAUGGGACGUGGCGGCCACACAGACAUCUCAGGUCACCUGGGUUAGAAAGGAAGAGGCCGGUCAGCACCCUUCAGGGUCAGGUGUCCAACCGGGGCUCAUCAGAGACUGUGGCUGCGUCACACAACAGCUUUUCCUUCAAUAAUGACUCGGACUUCAACCUGAACGCAAAGAGAACCCCCCUCGGCCAAAGCUUAGGUUCACACCGUGUGCUCAAGCUGGGCUCCCUUAAGCCAAACCAAGGCAUGUUCUGGAGCAUGCAUGACUCCCAAACGCUAUCUGAUCCAAACAGUGCCUCCAGAAUGAGUCAUCAAAGGGGCGCCGUCAUGUCCACCUCGCCCCAAGAACGGGACACGCAGACGGAGCCGUAUCUAAACGAGCACCCGUCGAUCCUGGAAGGUCUCCUGGAACGAGCCAAGGACAGGGAGCGGAAUGGAUUCAAGCCAGAUCAUCGCCCUAAAAUGGCCGAUCAGAGCUCAAGGUACCCUCCGCUUUCCCCUGCACGUUACACUGCACGCUCACCGUCCGCCAGCGAUGGAGACUCAGAGGGGGCGGAGAAGGAGGUGAAGCUGGUGCGCCGCGGCGCCGCCUCAGUCAGCAUGAAGUGGAAGGAGCAGCUGGUGGACGAGGACAGUGACGAGAGGGAGAACAGUGUUGCUUUGGUGGAUGGUGUGAACGUGGACUGGACAGGCUGGUGCUUUGAUGACAACGAAGUCAUGUGCAUGUAUCACGUCGAAGGCGACGGGCUUCUGGAGGACAUCAACCGAUCCCUGUACCAUUUAUACAUCCCCCAGCUCUCGGGGCACGAGGAGGGGGAGUGCAGCCAGGUGUAGCUCAGCCGGAGCUCACGGACAGACAGCUCGCACAAAUACCACUGGAUGCUGCCCAGAUAAUAAUACAGAGUCAGCGUUUUGUGUAGGUAUAAUAAAUCCUUUUUUUAGAAAUGUCUGUAUUUUUAUUUAUAUCUAAUUUCCAUUCUCGCUCCUCUGUGACAUUUAAAUUGUAAAUAAUAAAUGAAAUCAUCUUUC